UAACAUUCUAUUGUAAGCAUGCUUUUUUUCCAGAUAAUUUUCUAUGAGGACAGAAACUUCAAUGGUCGUAACCAUGAGAUCAGUGGUGACUGCCCUGAUGUGACCUCAUACCUGAGCCACUGCUGCUCCUGUAGGGUGGAAAGUGGCUGCUUCAUGGUCUAUGAAUGCUCCAACUUCAUGAGCCACCAAAUGCUGGUGAGAAGAGGAGGAUAUCCUGAUAACCAGAGGAUCAUGGGUAUGAGCAUGAGCGACUGCAUCAGAUCUUGCAGAAUGAUCCCUAUGCAUAAAGGAACGUUUAGAAUGAGAAUCUUUGAAAGGGAGAACUUUGUCGGACAAAAGUAUGAACUGAUGGAUGACUGUGAGUCAAUCCAGGAACGCUUUCACAUGUCUGACUGCCAGUCCUGCAAUGUCACACAUGGCCACUGGUUGCUGUAUGAACAGCCCAAUUUUGAAGGCAGAAUGAUAUACAUCAGGCCAGGGGAGUACAACAGCUUUAAUAAUAUGGGUCUAGGCACAGUGAAAAUUGGUUCCAUCAGACGCAUCAUGGAGUCCUGUUAAAGGAAAUUACACUUGCUUCAGCUGAUGAAAGACAACAAAUGAUUUCCAUAUAGUU